CGAGGGCUCACGUCGGCCUCUGGUCUCCUCGCGUGUCUUCAUAAGUGUAAAGGCACAGGGAUCACCGUGCAUGCGCGGGCACCACUAGGACAGGGCACAACUUUGCGCAGCAUUACUUCGCAUUAGAAAAUCGUGGCGAGGCAGGAGGGGCAACGCUUGAAAGGUGCGCUCCUUCAACUCUUCCCUGUGUCUCCGGCUCAAGGCAGCGUGCACUGCUGCGCGAAUACGCAGCUCCCGUCCUCUUUCCCUGAUUUGCGCUCCGUUGCGGCCAAGGGGCUUCCUGGUGGGUCCAUGCUCCUCUGCUAAAGGCGCACAGAUUUCGCCCGCUUCAGGGGUUGGGCUGGGCGCGUGGGUCCCUCUGGAGAAGAAUCUGUACUUGAGGGCUUGAUUGGAGAAGGUGCUCCGGGAAGGUUAGGGCAGAGCCAGCUGCUGCCCACACGCCUCUCUAGGAACUGUGCUGCUCGAGUGUUAGGCUGUCCUAAGUCGCGAGGUGCCCUGACAAUUUCUACCAAAUCCGCACCCCAAGGGCUUGGAGCAAGCUGCUGCUAUGCGGUUGGCGCUGGGCGACCGGAGCCUCAACCUUUUCAACCAGAGCGCGGCAGGAAGCGCCGGUAAUUUGAGUUUCGACAGCCAGCUGCUGGACUCUUCUGCUGGGAGCCUGGGACGGACGGGACACCUGACGAUGGCUGUGUGCCUGGGCGUCAUCUUGCUCCUGGGCAGCCUCAGCAACCUCCUGGUGAUGCUGAUCUUCGUCAAGUUCCAGGCCAUCCGGACACCCAUCAACCUGAUCCUGCUCAACAUCAGCCUCAGCGACCUCCUGGUCUGCGUCUUCUUGACCCCUUUCAGCUUCGCCUCCAGCGUGCGCGGCCGUUGGCUCCUAGGCAAGGCCGGCUGCAAGUGGUACGGCUUCGCCAACUCCCUCUUUGGCAUCGUUUCCCUUGUGUCUCUUUCCAUCCUCUCCUACGAACGCUAUGCCACGGUCCUGCGGAGGGAGACCAAGCCAGUUGUGUCCAGUUACACCAAGUCCUGGCUUUGCAUCAUUGGCUCCUGGAUCUACUCUUUGUUCUGGACCUUGCCGCCUCUUUUCGGCUGGAGCAGCUAUGGCCCCGAAGGGCCCGGCACGACUUGCUCUGUCUCUUGGCAUGCCAAGUCUCCCAGCAACUUCUCCUACAUCAUCUGCCUCUUCAUCUUCUGCCUCGUCUUGCCCCUCCUGACGAUGAUCUACUGCUAUGGGAAAAUCCUGCUGAUGAUUAGAAAGCAGGUCAGUAGAUUCCACCUGCCAUCUGUUCAGAAAAGAGAACAUCACAUCCUGUUCAUGGUUGUGUCAAUGGUCACCUGUUACCUCCUCUGCUGGAUGCCAUAUGGAAUUGUCUCCCUGAUCGCGACAUUUGGCCAGCCCGGAACAAUCAGCCCCUCAGUGAGCAUCAUCCCGUCCAUUCUGGCCAAGACUAGCACCUUUGUGAACCCCAUCCUUUACGUCCUCUUGAACAAGCAGUUUUACAAGUGUUUCAACCUUCUCAUAAAAUGCCAGCCUCCACCAAAGCAACUGCAAACUACUUUGAAUUCAAAAGCAAGCCAGGAUUUCAACAAUGCAGCCGGUGGAACGGUCGAAAUCCAUUUGUCCUGCAUGCAAACAGAUGAAAGUCCAAACCAAAGGGAUGCUGGGCUCCCUCCUACAAGGAACCAGAAAACUCCUGUGGUUUCACUGUGAGUCCCAGCUUGAAGAGGCUUGUUCUGGCAUCUUCAGCCUCAUGCCCAUUUGAUGACUUGCACCUAGACUUCCAGACUGAUCCAAAGUCACACGUGCUUGCUCAAAACUUUGAGAGCAGUUAGAGGUGAGUGGAGGACCUUCUCUCUAGAAGUGCCUAAUGCUACCCUGCUUGUUGCUGGAGUGUAGCACCAGAGUGAUGAAGUGUGAACUCUACUGUAUGGAAAAGAAAUCAGAAGAUGCUGUCAGCUUUUUAGGUUUUGCAUAGGAGAGCAGGUGACUCAUUGCUGCCUCUCUCUGCCAGCCAGUUCCAGUCAGAUGCCUGUCCACACUACUACAACUUUAUGCCAGCUUUAUUGCAGUUUAAAUGUUGUGGCUUCCCCCAAGUUCAGAGGCGUAACUAGGCUCUCUCCCACCCUUGGCGAGGAGAUUUAUUGGUGCCUCCAAAUCAAAUGGAGAUCAUGGACCAGAAACUCAAAAGGUUUUGUUGUCACCUUCUGGGCUCUGCAAGUGACUUCCUCCACGGCCAUUAGUGACUUCUAAUGCCAUGAGCAUUAGAAACUACCUUAUAUUGUUGGCCUUUGUAGGCUAGGCAUCCUCAGUAUGCUUUUGACUACAGUCCCCAUCAGCCCUAGCCAAGGACGAUGGGACUUUUAGUCCAUAGCAUCUGGAAGGCACCAGUUUGUGGAAAGGCUGAUGUAGCCCAGUUACCAUCAACCCAAACUGGGAACAACUGUCCAGGAUCUUUGUCACCAAUGGAAGCGAAGGCACAGAAAAAGCUCAAUAUGGAGGCCAAAUGGCCGAAAUAUUGGGAAAUUUUGG